GGUUCCUCUGGUCCCCGCGGAGACACUGGGCCCGCAGGUCCUCCUGGACCUCCAGGUCCCCCUGCGGAGCCGCUCAGGCGUCUUCGCCGUGCUGCCCUGGGCUUCCCCGAGAGCGGCCUGGAGGAGGUGCUGGCUUCGCUCAACUCCCUGAGCCUGGAGGUGGCGCAGCUGCAGCGCCCGCCGGGCACGGCCGAGCGCCCAGGCCUGAUGUGCCACGAGCUCCACCGCCAGCACCCGCACCUGCCCGACGGGGAGUACUGGAUUGACCCCAAUCAGGGCUGCGCGCGGGACGCGUUCCGCGUUUUCUGCAACUUCACGGCGGGAGGGGAGACCUGCCUCUAUCCGGACAAGAAGUUCGAGACC